AUGGACUUUAGUACAGAGGAUAAAUGGCAUUGGAAGUGGAAUCCUGAUGGGAUAUUCUCUGUUAAAUCUUUGGCGGCUAGGAUUGGUAGGAAGGGUGUUCCUGAUUUCCCAGUUCAGCAAGUGUGGAAUCCUAUCAGUCCGACUAAAGCCAGUUUCCUUGUUUGGACUAUGGCUCUUAACAAAUGCCUUUCCAAGGAGAACCUCGUAAGCAGGGGAAUUCAGAUUUUGGACCAGUCUUGCAGCUUAUGUGGGUGCAGUGCUGAAUCUACUGAUCAUCUGUGUUUACACUGCCCGUUCUUGGCUCAGUUGUGGAACCACCUCCUCAAGUUCUUGAAGGUUUGUUGGGUGAUGCCGAGGUCAGUAAAAAAGCUGUUAUGCUGCUGGCAUAUUGUGGGCUGGAGCAAGAAAAAGAAGACUUUAUGGAAAAUGAUUCCAAGUGCUGUAAUGUGGUGUAUCUGGACUGAGAGGAAUAGAAGGGUGUUCAGCAACAAGUUUCUAAGUCUGGAGGACCUAACCCAGAAGUUAGUUGGCAAGUUGAUUUCUUGGUUGUCCGUGGCGGCAGAUUUUAGAAACUGA